CGGUUGUUUCCUUGGGCCCAACAAGAAUCACGUUCACUUUCCUUUUCAUGACCAAUCAUCAAUCAACAUGACCUCGGCCACAACCCCGGACUCCGCCCCGGCUGCGUUCUCACCGGAGGUGGCUCUCUCGGAGGGCUACACCAUCCACUCCGGCUACCCGCCAAUUCCAGUUUACCUCCAUCUCCGUACCGCAUCAGGCCUGCACCCAAAGACACCCGCCCAGGCCGCUCCCAUUGCCCGCAACAGCUGGUACGGGUGUUACGUCACCUGUGUUACGUCACCUUCUCCCCUACCAACACCGACACCGACAGCAACACAAAAGGUGAAGAAGAGACCAUCGUUGCAAUGGGCCGCAUCAUAGGCGACGGCGGCUGGUACUUCCACAUCGCCGACAUGGCGGUACUGCCGGAGCAUCAGCGUAAGGGGUUGGGGGAUGCCGUGCUGAAGCACCUGAUGGGGCAUAUCAAGACGCACGCGCCGCAGGACGGGACGGGGACAUAUGUCACGCUGUUUGCGGACCCUCCGGGGCGGAAGUUGUAUGCGAAGAAUGGGUUUGUGGAAACCACACCUGCCGGGCAGAUGGGGUUGAUGAUGCCCUUGGGGUGGGAGAGGAGUUGAUGGGGGGUUGUCGCAAGUCACCAGGUUGGGAGA